UCGUUUUCUCAGUUGUGUUUAUGAAGCAGUGGGCAUUUGAACCGAAAGUGGCAGUGGCAAACAAUGAAGAUUGCAUCAGAAUUGACGUUGCUUUUACUUGCUUUCUUCAUUCCUCUUCACAACGCAAGCUGGAUGGCUUCAGACUCCAAAGUUGCCUCUUCUGAUGAUUCAGAUCACAUAGGCAUAGAUUGUGGGGUGGAGGAGGCGUACCAAGACAGUGAGAGCAACAUGUGGUAUAAACCAGAUUCAGGUUUUGUAGAAACAGGCCAGAAUCACAACGUACCAUACAACUUCUCCAAAUCCCAAAUGUCGAAGCAACUUAACACACUGAGAAGUUUUCCAGAUGGAAAAAGGAACUGCUAUACUCUCACUUCCAGUAGAAACAGCAAGUACAUUGUCAGAGCUUUCUUUGCUUAUGGAAACUAUGACUUGAAGAACAAAAAACCCAUUUUUGAUUUGUAUCUUGGUGUCAAUCUCUGGAAGACUAUUGAAUUUGACGAUAUCACGUCGUAUUAUUCUGUUGAGGUUAUUCUUGUUGCCUUAGCAGACACCAUAAGUGUGUGUCUUGUUAAAACGGGAAAAGGUGUUCCUUUUAUUUCGUCCUUGGAAUUAUGGCUUCUCGGUGAUAAUAUUUAUCAAAUCUCCAGUUCGAUUCCGUUGGAUCUCUUGACCCGGUCUACCCCUAGCAAGCCAGGAGACGACAGGUUCAUCAGGUUUAAAGAUGAUACAUAUGGUCGUGUGUGGUUUAAAAGAUCCUUCGGCAGUUCAAGUAUAGCCACCACAUCAGUAAUUAUUGACUUAAAUGGAACACAAAGUACUAAUAACCUGCCGCAACAAGUAUUGAAGACUGCAAUACUGUCCACGAGCCUGCACCCUACCAUGGAAAUCUACUCUGAUCAACAAACUGAUAGUUCCAACGAGUACUUCUGUUACUUUUACUUCUUUGAAUUUGAUAAGCAAGCAACAAAUCAGAAAAGGAUCAUGAAUAUUACUUUCAAUGAUGGUCGCAUCCUCUCGGAGCCCAUUACUACUCAAUAUCUGAAGCUACUCACAAUUGUUGGGAAUAUCACGCAAGCAAACCAGCUUCGUAUUUCCAUCAAUCCCACCCCAGAAUCUGAUUUACCAGCCAUGAUCAAUGCUUUUGAGAUUUAUAGAGGACUAAAACAACUUAAUUCAGAAACUUAUCAAGAAGAUGUUGAUGCAAUUCAGGGAAUCAAAAGUAUUUAUAACAUCAUAAAUUGGCAAGGAGAUCCAUGCAUUCCAGCUAGUCUUGCUUGGGAAGGGGUCGCUUGCACAUCUGAUGCCAAUCCAAGGGUCACUUCACUGAACUUGAGUUCAAGGGGACUAACAGGGAGGAUAGAUGAUUCAUUUUCAAAAUUCAUUAAACUGAGGUCCUUGGAUUUAUCAUAUAACAACCUGACAGGAGAAGUGCCUGAAUAUUUUGCACAGUUACCAGAUUUGAAAGUCCUUAAUUUAACAGGGAAUCAGCUCACAGGUUCAAUCCCCAAGCCACUAAGGCUGAAGUCCGAAGCCUCUUUGUCUUUGAGUUUGGAAGGAAAUCCGGGCCUUUGUCUGGCUGAAUCAUGUGGAACAAAGAAGCAUGCUACCCUCCUCAUUGCAUGUAUAGCAGCAUCCAUAGCGGUUUUAAUAAUGACCGUCCUUAUUUAUCUGAUGAACAUGAGAAUCAAAAGGAAGAAGCAAGGAGCAUUUAAGAAAGAAGGGCGGGAGAAUUCAAAGAAACAAGUAUUUUCUCUGAGAGAGGUUACUAGAAUUACCAGUAACUUCAAAACUGUUAUUGGGAAAGGUGGGUUUGGAGAAGUUUACCUUGGCACAGUGCAAGAUGGUAAAGAAGUUGCAGUGAAGUUACUUUCUCAGACAUCAAGGCAAGGAUACAGGGAGUUUCACUCAGAGGUAGAUUUGUUGACUUUCGUUCAUCAUAAAAACUUGGUUUCUUUUAUGGGGUACUGUGAAGAAGGUGAUGUGAAAGCAUUGAUUUAUGAAUAUAUGGCAAAGGGGAAUCUGCAACAGCUGUUGUCAGAUGAAAAUACAACUGUUUUGAAGUGGUUUGAUAGACUUCAAAUUGCCCUGGAUGUUGCAUUUGGAUUGGAGUAUUUGCAUUAUGGUAUCAAGCCUCCCAUAGUUCACAGGGACUUGAAGACCUCCAAUAUUUUGUUGGAUGAGAACAUGCAAGCUAAAAUUUCUGACUUCGGACUGUGUAGAUCUUUUGAAAAUGAACAUGAUAGUCAUAUAUCAACUAGACCAGCUGGCACAUUGGGUUAUCUUGAUCCUGAAUUUCGAAGCUCUGGAAAUUUGAAUAGAAAGAGUGAUGUUUACAGCUUUGGGAUAAUUCUGCUUGAGCUAAUCACUGGACAACCUGCAAUGAAACCAGAAUCACUUGGAAUCAAGAUACAAUUACUUGAUUGGGUUAAUCCUAAACUUAACAAUGGAGAUAUUGACUCCAUAGUUGAUCCAAGGUUAGAAGGACAGUACAAUAGAAGUUCAGCGUGGAAACUUGUAGAAAUUGCCAUGUCCUGCGCCCAACCUACUGCAAUCCAAAGGCCUGAGAUAAGUGAAGUGUUGACUGAGCUAAAGGACUGUUUGGCUUCAGAAAUAAGCCAUGAAAGAUCAGAGAGCAGCAUGAGAAGGUCCAGGAAUAAUUCACUGGAAACAAGUUCUUUGAAUCCUUUUCAGAUUGAUUCAUCAUUAGGCCCACAUGCUAGAUGUUACAUAAACAUAGAUUGUGGGGCAGAGGAGGCCUACACUGACAGUGACAGCAAUAUUUGGUACCAAACAGAUUCAGGCUUUGUAGAAACAGGCAAGAAUCACAAAUUACCCUCAGGUUACAGCUUCGAUCAACCCCAAAUGUCGAAGCAGCUCAACACAUUGAGAAGCUUCCCGGACGGAGUUAGGAACUGCUAUACCCUCACUCCCAAACAGGGUAAAAACAACAAGUAUCUAGUUAGAGCUUUCUUUGCUUACAGAAACUACGACUUGAAGCACACGCCACCUUCUUUUGAUGUGUAUCUUGGCGUGAAUCAUUGGAACACUAUUGAGUUUGGGGAUCUCUACAUGUAUUUUCCCAUUGAAGUCACUCAUUUUGCUUUGUCAGAUACCAUAAGUGUGUGUCUUGUGAACAUUGGAAAAGGGGUUCCUUUCAUUUCGUCCUUGGAACUCUGGCUUCUUACUGAUUCUACUUAUCGAACCUCCAGUUCGUUUCCGCUGGAUAUCUUGACUCGGUCAACCUUUAGCAUGUCUGAAGAUACCUUGUUCGUCAGGUUUGAAGAUGAUGUGUAUGAUCGUGUGUGGUUUAACAGAAUAGUCGGCAAUUCAAAGAAAAUAUCCACAUCAGCAACUAUUGAUUCUUAUGGAAUAGAAAAUACUAACAAGCUGCCAUCACAAGUAUUGAAGACUGCAAUACAGUCUCUGAGUCUCAACUCUUCCUUGGAAAUCUACUUCAAUAACCAUACUGAUAGUUCACACGUGUAUUAUAUCAACCUUUACUUCUUUGAAUUUGAUCAGCGUGUAACAACUCAGAAAAGGAUCGUGGAUGUUACUUUCAAUGAUAAAAGCAUCCUCACAGAUCCCUUUACUACACAACAUCUGAAGCUCGUCACAAUUGUUCAGAAUAUCACACAAGCAGACCAUCUUCGUAUUUCGAUCAAAGCCACCCCAGAAUCUGAUUUGCCAGCCAUGAUCAAUGCCUUUGAGGUUUAUAGAGUACUAAGCCUGACUAAUUCAGCAACUUAUCAAGAGGAUGCUGAUACUAUUCUGAAAAUCAAACAUAUUUAUGGUAUCCCCAUCAUAAAUUGGCAAGGGGACCCAUGCAUUCCAAACCACUUUGCUUGGGAAGAGCUUACUUGCAGCUCUGAUGGCACUCCAAGGAUUAUUUCACUAUUGGAAAGAAAUCCAGGUCUUUGUCUGGCCAGAUCAUGCAAGACAAAGAAGAAUCUUGUUCCAUUAAUUGCAUCUAUUGCAGCAUCCGUGGCAGUUCUAGUAAUGAUUGUCCUUACUUUCCUGAUGAUCCGGAGAAUCAAAAAGAAAAACGGAGUAUCUAAGAAAGAUUGGCAAGAGAAAUCAGACAAAUACGUAUUUUCUUUAAGGGAUGUUAAUAGAAUUACCAAUAACUUCAAAACUAAAAUUGGAAAAGGAGGAUUUGGAGAAGUUUACCUUGGUACUAUGCAAGAUGGUAGAGAUGUUGCUGUCAAGCUACUUUCUCAGACAUCAAGGCAAGGGGAUAGGGAGUUUCACUCGGAGGUAAAUUUGUUGACUAUCGUUCACCAUAAAAACCUGGUUUCUUUUGUGGGGUAUUGUGACGAAGGUGACGUGAAAGCAUUGAUCUAUGAAUAUAUGGACCAGGGGAAUCUGCAAGGGCUAUUGUCAGGUAGAAAUCCAAAUGUCUUGAAGUGGUCAGAAAGACUUCAAAUUGCUGUGGAUGUUGCACUUGGAUUGGACUAUUCGCAUAAUGGUAUUAGGCCACCAGUAGUUCAUAGAGACUUGAAGACUUCCAAUAUUUUGUUGAAUAAAAAGAUGCAAGGCAAGAUUUCUGAUUUUGGACUCUGUAGACCUUUCAUAAAUGAAAAUGACGCUCAUAUAUCAACCAUACCAGCAGGCACAUUUGGCUAUCUUGAUCCCGAAUUUCAAAGAACUGGAAAGUUGAACAAAAAGAGUGAUGUCUACAGUUUUGGGGUAAUUUUGCUGGAGCUGAUCACAGGGCAACGUCCUAUAAAAGAAGAGGCAUCACUUGAAAACAAGAGUCACUUGCUUCAUUGGGUUAAUCGUAAACUUAAGAAUGGAGAUAUUAAAUCUAUAGUUGAUCCAAGGUUACAAGGAGAAUAUAAUACAAGUUCAGCUUGGAAAUUUAUAGAGACUGCUAUGGGCUGCGUUCCACCUAAAGCGAUCCAAAGGCCUGACAUUAGUGAAGUAUUAAGUGAGCUGAAGAUCUGUUUAAACUUGAACCAACAACAGACCCAUACUCGUGAAAGAUCAGAGACAGAGAGCAGCAGAAGAAAUCCCAACAAUUCAUUGGAUAUGGGCUCUCUGAACUCACUGGGUAUUGAAUCAACAGCAGGCCCAUAUGCUAGAUAA